GCAUUGCUGCACGUUUACUAUCUCGGCUAUCUGGGCUCUACGUUUGGAAAACCUAUAGUAUCUUUUAUCCUUCCAUAAAAUAUGUUUCGAGGAUUUUUUUUCGAACAGAAAGAAAACCUUUCGAGUUCUGCAAAUUUUUGUAAAUUGAAGAAUUAAAAGUCCUAAACAAUUUGGAGACCCUACCUAAUUGUAAUACUAUUUGUUCUUAUUAUUUGAAACAUGUUUGAUGUUCUCGUACUUAAUUUAUUGGGGCUUCUAGUAAUCAUUGUUUUGUUUUGGCAGUUAACAAUUAAUACUUAAAGCAAAGAGCACUCAAGGCGCAUGCCCACGGUCAGUUGCCCAGAUGUCGUCGCCGUGGUGACCAACUAUGUGCCACAAAAGCACUUCUAUCCGUUGUUCCACCGUUCAACUUGUUAGUGCUUUCCUAUAAUCGUCCAGCCAUGAAUCAAAAACCGGUUUGGGAAGACCGGGAGAUCAAGUUCGACAUUACCAAUAUUUGCAAGACCAUCCGGAGCGGGGAGCAACCACUCGAGAUACUGGACUCCAUAGAAGAUACCAAGGGCAAUCUAGGAGAUCGUGGAAGGCUCCUUGUUACCAACUUGCGCAUCAUUUGGUAUUCGGUCACGUCCAACCGAUUCAGUCUGUCGAUAGGGUUUUCCUGCGUGCUCACGAUGAACACCAAAACGGUCGUCUCCAAGGUACGGGGGACGACACAAGCCUUGCAUAUACUGAGCGUGGGGAACAACUCUCGAUUCGAGUUCAUCUUCACCAAUCUUACUGUGAACAAUACGAAGCAUUUUUCAGCGAUCUUCGACAUCUAUCGUUUGUAUCAAGCCUCAUUCCUAUAUCGCGAACUAAAGCUUCGCUCAGCGAUCGUCAAUAGUGGACAGUUAAACGUGCUUCUGCAAGAGCAAGUCUUCAACACAGUCAGCGGAGUGUGGAAUCUGUCCAGUGAUCAGGGCAAUUUAGGAAUCUUCAUUCUGACCAAUGUCCGACUGGUCUGGUUUGCCGAAAUGAACAAUAGCUUUAACAUCUCUUUGCCAUACAUGCAAAUCUCCAAUAUUCGCAUUCGCGAGUCCAAGUAUGGUCCCGCACUGGUCAUUCAAACGUUGGAAACGGCUGGGUCCUAUGUGCUUGGGUUUCGUAUCGAUCCGCAGCAUAAAUUGACGGAUGUCUACAAGGAACUGCUAUCGCUGCACACUGUCUACACUGAGACGCCCAUCUUUGGGGUUUUCUACGAGCAGAAACCGGACACUGUUCGGCGUCCGACGGAAUCGAUCGACGACAUCGAAGAGCUGGACACUAGGGCUGGUGCCGAAAUCAACAGCAAAUUUACGGCAUAUCUUGCCGAAUCUGAUCCUGGCAGUCGGCGGAGAAAACCAUUCUAUUGCAAAGAGCUGGGCUUCGCCAUGGAGAGCAUUAAGGACGGUUAUAGCUUGAAGGAUCUCUGGGAAGUGGUUCCUAGUUCUUCUACAUCCGGUUAGCGAAAUAAGUAAUGCUGACCCAUAAUUGCACUUAUUUCGUGCCGCUGGAUACAUAAAGAUACAUCAAUACAUAAAGAUUUUAUGAAACAAUUGA